AACCGGUGCCGUGUUUACCAGACGGGAUAGACCUACUGGAUAGGGUUGGUCAAGUUUUCAAGGUUGAAACGUUAUCUAUCAGAGCUUAUCGUACAUAUCCCAAGAGGUAUCAUUGAUCAUGGAUGUAAUGGAUAUUGGUAUAAGUAUAUGAUAUGAUAUAGGUAUGAUGGCUUACACCAACGUUACGCAACAUCUGUGCAGCACGCAUUUCCUUCAGUUUUUAACAAUAAAUACACAAUAUCAUAAGUGAUCAUGAGUUUCUGCGCGAAUAUUCAACUUUCCAUCUAGGCCAGAUGAGCGACGAUACAAGAUACCGAUACCCUAAUCAUUAUACCUAGCAUCUGAUUUACCACGAUAAACCGAGGAUCGGUACAAGAUUGUCGCAUAACGAACAUUCAGUAUUUAAGUUGCAUAAAUUAAGUACCUAGACAGAUACGAAAAAGAUGACAUCGUUCGAGGGUCAGCGUCGCGAGUCACACGCUCCGCCCGUAACGACCGUGUUCGCCGACGGAGAUGUACCGGAUCACCUUGCAGAGAUGACCGACGACGAGGCGGCGCUCGCAGCGCUCGGCUACAAGCAGGAGUUCAAGCGCGAAUUCUCGGCCUGGACGACUUUCGCUGUCAGUUUUGCCGUGAUGGGGUUGCUACCAAGUAUCGCUACUACUAUGUGGUAUGGUCUUGGUUACGCUGGACCUGCGGCGAAUACAUGGGGUUGGCUGUUGUCCGUCUUUUUUAUUUUGUGUGUCGCUGCUUCAAUGGCCGAAUUGGCCAGUAGUAUGCCAACAUCCGGCGGACUUUACUAUGCGUCGGCAGUUCUUGCUGGGCCUAAGUACGGGCCAUUCGCGGCCUGGGUUACAGGAUGGAGCAAUUGGUUCGUGCAAGUUACGGGAGCUCCAAGUGUCGACUAUGGUUGUGCUGCCAUGAUUCUAGCUGCGGCAUCUAUCACGAAUCCGGGCUACAUACCCACAAGCUACCAGACAUUUUUGCUCACGGUAUUGAUCAUGAUCACCCAUGCUUGCCUUAGCAGUAUGCCGACUCUGUGGAUCGCAAAUUUCAACUCUGUCGGGACUACUGUUAACAUCCUCUGCCUACUGAUCACCAUUAUCAUUAUACCCACCGCGACAAUGAGUAAUCCCAAGUUUCAGCCGAAUGAGUUCGCCUGGGGUAUCCAGAAUGGCACAGACUGGCCCGACAGUGUCGCAGUGUUGAUGUCCUUCCUAUCCAUCAUCUGGACCAUGUCCGGGUACGACGCCAGUUUCCAUCUUUCUGAAGAGUGCACCAACGCAGCUGUCGCCACACCAAGGUCUAUCGUGAUGACUGCAGGCUCGGGAUCUGUGUUCGGUUUCAUAUUGAACACUCUCAUCGCGUACACGAUCCAAGAUGUGCCAGAAGUCAUAAACAGUGAUCUGGGUCAGCCAUUCGCUGCAUAUCUAAUCCAAAUCCUUCCGCAAAACGUGGCUUUGGCUGUCCUCUCCAUGACGAUCGUGUGUGCGUACUCCAUGGGCCAGGGCUGCAUGAUAGCCGCGUCACGAGUGUGCUUCGCAUACGCGCGAGAUGACUGCUUCGGCAUCGUCAGCCGGCCCCUGAAGAAGAUCAACCGACACACUCUCACGCCCGUCAACGCAGUGUGGUUUAACACCAUGAUCGGAAUCCUCCUUCUGCUCCUGAUCUUCGGCGGCGCGGCCAUUGAUGCCAUCUUCAGCAUCGGCGCCAUCGCAGCCUACGUCGCCUUCACGACGCCCAUCUUCCUCAAGAUCGUGGUCGUGGGUAACCGCUUUCGCCGCGGGCCCUGGCACCUCGGCGCUUUCAGCUUGCCCUCGGGCAUCGCGGCAUGCAGCUUCGUCAUUGUCAUGCUACCCAUUCUGUGCUUUCCGAGCGUCAGGGGCGAGAACAUGACGCUUGAGGAUAUGAAUUGGACUGUGCUUGUCUAUGGCGCUCCUAUGGUUAUUGUUGUGGUGUGGUUUUUCGUUGACGCUCAUAAGUGGUUCAAAGGACCCAAGAUCAACAUUGAGCACCAUAUGCUUCAUCAAGAUCUACCUAGCGUGGAAGGCGUCGAGCAGCAUAUCGAGGCGUCCAAGGGGGACCGUAAAAUCUCCGAUCCGGAACGGGGAUCGAUUGGUAAAGCAUCGUCAGUCGACCUGAGUAGUAGCGUGGAGUAGUCCUGGUAUAUCGCCUUGGAGUGUAGGUGCCUAAUGCAUAGGUAUAUGCUUAUGUAUGGUUGUGUUUUAAGCGAGGCGUACACCGCAAUACGCGAUUUAAA